AUGCCUGCAUCUGACACUGUAGAGAGUGUGCCUGACUCAGAUGUUGUUGACGCAUCAAGGCUUGGACUCGUUUACAGUAGCGCCUCCGUGCGCGAGGACGUAGAAGGACUGUUCGAUUAUCGCUGCUGGCAGAGAAGCUGCGUGGAGAAGGACGAGUGCUUCCCUACCCUGGAGGCUCUUCAACGCCACGUAGAGCAAGUGCAUCGACGUCGCUUUUGUUCGACAUGUUUGCGAGGACGCAAAGCCUUCCUCUUUGAGCAACUGCUCUACUCACCGGAUGACUUGCGGAGACAUCACGAAGACGGGGACACGCCGAGCACUGUGGGUCCCAAGUUGCCAACGUGUCCAUCACAUGCCUCUUGUGCUUUUUGCAAGAAAAGCUUCUACUCAGAAGAGGAUCUGUUGGAGCACAUGCAGAUGAAACAUCAGCCCUGCGGCUUAUGCGAAAAGCUGGGCAGAAAAGGCGAAUACUACUACGACUACAACCACCUGUCCUUACAUUACGAGGAGGACCAUUACGUAUGCAAGCACGAGAAAUGCCAACGGGGCUCCCUGCGCCUGGUUGCCUUCAACACAGAAGACGAGUUGUGGCUGCACGAGGUGAAGGCACACUCCGUCAAAAUGUCACAGAAAGCCCGCAGACGAAUCGGGGAUGAAGGCACCACCGUGAACAUCUCGAUGGGCGCCACAUCUUACCGCGAGGAGGCUCCCGCGCCCAAAGCGAAGGCGAAGGCGAAGGCGAAAUCCAAGGCGACGAGUGAUCGCUGGGCUGUGGAGCUGGCCGAAGCUGAGGCCUGCGGCGGGACGGUUCACUUCAUGCGCCCAAGAGGGACGCCGAAGGCGCCGCAGGAGGGCGACUGGCCAAAGCUGCCUGACGGUCCUGGGAGUUCGAGCAUCGACGAUGAAUUAGAGACGAGGUAUCCUCCGCGCGCAGUGCCGAAGGGUCGA